UCAGCUGUUAGUGUUGUUUUUGCUCCUGAACAUCACUGACUUAUCUGCAGUUUACUGAAGAUCAACUUUUCCUGCGACGCUUCGUCUUUGAAUCAAGAGACAUGGAAUUAAUCAUCACUAUGCUGACCGGGAAGUCCGUCACCCUGACGGUGAACCCCCAGGAGACGGUGGGCAGCCUGAAGCAGAUGAUCCAGCAGAAACUGCACGUACCGGUUCAGAAGCAGAGGCUGCUGUUCGUCAACGGCCAGAACACCGACCUGAGCGACGACCUGCGGCCCGUGGACUCCUACGGGCUGCACUCCGGCUGCAGGCUGUCUCUGCUGGUGGUCGAGCCGGCCCCCGUCCAGGUGUUUCUGAGGAAUGAGAAGAACGUGAUGUCCACCUACGACAUCACACCCGACGAGACCGUGAGCGACUUCAAGCGCAGGGUUCAGGCCAGGGAGGGAGUGCCGGAGUCGCAGCAGAGGCUGUUGUACCAGAGCAGGGAGAUGACUGGAGGCAAACUGUCCGACUACAACGUGGCGGCCCUGGGCACCAUCGAACUGUUAAUGCGUCUGAGGGGAGGAAACUGACCAUCAUCUGAUCAUCAUCUGAUCAUCACAGUGCUUCCUAGUGUUUUUUUUAUCUUAAUAACACAUUCCAACUUUUACAUGAGAAUCCAUACAUUCUUUUUCGGUGGGAAACUGUUUCUGUAAAUCUGCUCUGAUCUUAUGUGAUUAUUAUGACUUGGCUGAAAAGUCAAGACUAAGAUUUGUGUUAGAGGGAUCUACUGGCAAACGUUUCAUGAUGAUGUUUUCAUAUGACCUGAAUGUAUGAAGAGUUUACGAUAAUUGUAAGUGUCACUAAAAACCGAACAAUUAAUUUAUUAUUUUCCUUGUGACAAUUUUAUUUUUUGCUAAAUGUUCUGUCUUUGUUCAUUUCAUUAAGAAGCCUGUUGUAAAUAUUUAAAUAAAGUGAGUUUCAUAGUGAA